AUGAAUAUAACCAGUUACCAUGUACAAAUAUUUUUCGUAAUAUUUCUAAAAAUAUGUACGUGCAAAUUAUGCUACAUUAAUAAAGUAUAUGUUGGUAAAGAAGGACAGCCUCCUCAAAAAAUUUCCCAAAGUGUGCAUCAAAUUAGUGCGAAAAAUGUAAAAGCGAGUGGAACGAAAGAAAGAAAUCAGGAUAAAUUAAAUCUCACAAAAUUGAAUGGCGCCAGUGGUUUGUCGCCCAGUUGGGGGAGCUGCGAAGCGUUGGACGGAGGAAGGGCUUUCUCUGAAGAGACCCACAAAGUAUCAUGCAAUCUGUUAUCCAUACUGUCUAGCAGAGACCACGGGCACGGUUUUCAUAGCGGUAAGGAAGAAACGGUUAUCCACCUCACAAAUGCGUUAAUUGGGCCUAAACGCUUCUUGAAUAAAUAUUCAUUCUUUAAAAAUAACCAUGAGGAUUAUCAACCCCACCCCAGUGAGGGAAGGACCCAUAAGAGGCCUACACAAUUGUUCCAGUGGACAAAUAUCCCCCUCCAUAAUGUUCUCCUCCAUAAUGUGUUUCAAAACGAAGUGGUGAAUUUACACCUACACAACGUCUAUCUAGAAAUAAUUCGCACUGCGCAAAGUACACUAAGGAGUAAAAUAUUUUAUGUGGACAUUAAGGAAGAGUUACGCAAAAGGAAAAACACCAUUAUGGACAUGUUGCACCAGAUUUAUGCACUAGAAUAUAAGAGAAACACACAGAGGAGUGACAGAAUCCGAGAUAAGGAUAAGACAAAAAUUCGCAUUUUAUUCAUCGGAGGUAACGAGUUCAGUUUGUUAUGCUUUAAAGUGAUCAGGUUAAUCAUAAAGUACGUAAGGAAUGAUAUAGUGUUAGACCACGUUAUUACCAAAAGCCCAAGAAAAAAGGGAAGACAUUUGAAGUUAAAAAAAUCACACAUCGAGGAGGAAGCAGAGAAAGAGAAAAUAAAAAUUUUUUAUUACGAUAAAAUAAGGAAUGACACAUAUAUGCUAAAAAAUGAAACCUUCGAUUUAUGCAUUUCUGCAUCGUUUGGAGAAAUAUUUAAUGCCUCCUUUUUUAAGAACAUUGCUUCCAAUGUGUACACCUUGCACCCAAGCUUACUGCCACUCUACCGGGGUGCAUCCCCCAUUCAGAGAAGUUUAUUAAAUAAUGAAUCCCUUUUUGGCUACUCAAUAUUUCUCACGAAUUUGCGCAUCGAUGCAGGCCCCGUUUUGAUAAGAAGUCCACAUACAUUUGGUGAUGCUUUCAAUUUUAACGACAUAAUUACGAUAUUAUUCACCUUGGGGUCAUUGCAUUUGAUGAGACAUAUUUUUUUCCUCGCCAAUUACAAAUUGGGUAGCACAAACGGGGAGUUACAACGAACAGUGGAAUCUCCCAACCCUUCUACCAUCUCCACACAUAAUAAUAACAAACACUUAAAAAUUCGCCAUUUGCUAUAUGAUGAAGAAAAUAUCACCCCACAUAACGUCAAAAAGAAGCAGUUCAUGCUGCAUACAGACAUUGGACAGGAUAAAAUGAAUUACGCUUGGCUGAGAAAUUAUCUCAUGCUCUCUUCGACCCAUAAUAAUAAUACAUACGCACCGAAAAUAAAAAGUGAAGAAAGGUAUGUCUGUUUUUUUUGUUCAACCGCCUUGCAUAUUCAUAAUAAAGUGAGGGGGUUUAUAAACUGGCCCAAGGUGGAAUGUACCUUAUACCUCGUCCACAAGGGUGGCCUCAAGGCCAUGGAGGUGAAAUUAAUUAAAACGUCACAGGAAUCGGGCGACCAUAUCAGCCACCAGCAUCUCCACCAAUUUAAACACCUGGACGCACUUCAGAGCCACAAGUGCUUCGACGGAAUCCCGCGCAAAUUGGCAAUUUUUAACAGAGGAGCUAUAAAUAUUCUCUGCAAGGACAAUAGCCUGCUAAAAAUUUACAAAUUGCAACGGAAAAAUAAAAAAAUUAUGGACGCUUCAUCCUUUUUUAACAGCAUCAACGGAGUUGAUCUGCUGUACUAG